CACUUCAGGAAGCCUCCUUACUGUUCAACUGGACGAGUUAUGGCUGCUUUGCGUGAUCUCCUGACGCUCCUGAUUACGGUCCAGCUCCAGCUGUCCAGCACUUCCUCCCUCUCUCAUCACACCGGCGUCAGGAAAAGCGGCAGCUCGGGGAAGCACCAGGGGUCCGUGUCUCAAUCCCUGGAGGAGGGCACUUCGGUGCUGGUGCUAGGGGAAGCCUGCGGAGUGUACACUCCGGCUUGCGGACGCGGCCUUCGUUGCUUUCCUCCUGAGGGAGACCAAAGCCCACUGCAGUCUCUGCUUCAGGGGAAAGGAGCGUGUAAGAGCAUCAAGGUCAGCAUCCAGAGGACGACGACUUCAGGCUCUCAGGCUCCAGUUACUGACAGCUUGGAGAAGGGCCCUUGCCGGAGACUGCUGAUGUCGCUGCUCCAGAAGCUCGAGCUCACUGUGAUCCAGACUGAUCGGGACAUUUACAUACCCAACUGUGACAAGAACGGAUUCUUCAAGAGGAAACAGUGUAUGUCGUCUCGUGGGAUGCAGCGUGGUCAGUGCUGGUGUGUCGACGAGAAAGGAAACAAACUCCCGUCCCGAGGCAGAGACGGUGCCAUCACAUGCAGCGCCUGAGUCAAUCACUAUUAUUAUUAUUAUUAUUAUUAUUAUUAUUAUUAUUAUUAAUAUUAUUACAUAAUACUGAAACAUGAAGAGACGGCGAUGUGCCAUGCAGUGCACUGAAUAUGUUUCACAAUGAUCAGAUCCUCUAUCUCCCCCUAGUGGCCUUGACCUUAACGUAACUCAGUAUAAUUACAACAUCUGCACAUUGCAUAUAACUCUCGCAUUCUCCUGACAGUCUUAUAUGAAAGGUCUUUUGUACAGUGUUGAAUUAUCACUAUACAUGCUGAAUUAGUUCAUUGGAAGACAUAUUUUUAUUUUAAUAGCUGCACAAAAACACAUUUAUGUAAACACAUGCAGCAUUUAAUUAGGUUUAAUUUGAUUAUUUGGUAUUAAUCCAACACUGCAAAAUGCCAAUUAACACAUAAAGCACUAAAACGACUCACACAGUAUUUAUAUAACUUCUUAACACAAUUUAAUUGAAUUAAAGUAAUAUAUAGUGCUGAAUAAACAUCUAAUGCAUUUUAAUUAGCAUAUGCAGUGUUGAAAUAAUAAUCAUCACAGUCCAGUUUCAGCUCACUUUUAUUUAAUUCUGUCUUUAUACCUCAUUUUUUCUCUCUUUCUAUUUUAUCUCAGCAUUUUUAUACUCAUGUCUGUGUUCUACUUAUGUAUUUUAAUCU